AUGUUCUUGAAACAUCUUUCGUCCAAAGUAAAGGAAAAGCUCCCUCGCCAUCACAGCAGAUCUCGCAGCCCGUCCUUAAGAGAGGGUCCUGAGCCAAGUCUUCAGAAUGUUCAAAAAACGACAUCCACCCCGAGCGACAUAUCGUCGGCCACGGACUCUCCUCAAAAGGCCUCUGAUGCUACAAAUAUCUCACAAAGCCGUCAAUCUCUGCCCAUCUUAGAAAUCACCAAACCAGCAAGCCCACAAGGGCUAGAAGCUCAAGACCCCACUGCAAAUUCUACUCUGGGUCCAGCACCAGAUACUCGUAGCGAGAAAGAGAAGUCGGAACAAUUAGUCCCUGAGAUGAUAUGGGAUCGUGCAUACGAUGCAUUGAAGAUCGAUGAUGCUGCACUGGUACAAGCAUAUGAGAGGAUUUUAACGAGCAAGCUUCAAAACACAGAAGUCAAGGCCGACGUGAAUGUCAUCAACCAGCAUGACAAGGAGGAGAGAAGAAGUCAAAUGCAUCAGCUAGUCAAGGACGGCUUGGACAAGAUUUCGAAGGAAGCAAAUGUCAAGUCACUCGUCGGUUCAGUUUUACAAACGGUCAAUCUCGCCCAGAAUAUCGUCACCGAAGUAGUCAAGGAUGUGCCACAAGCUGCAAUUCCAUGGGCCGCAGUCUGCCUUUCACUUGAGCUGUUGGCAAACCCCAUAUCGGAGACUGAAGCCAACUGCAAAGGAAUUAGCCAUGUGGUAGAGCAAAUGAACUGGUACUGCGAGCUAGCUGGGCUUCUUUUCAGCGAAAAUCCCGGUGGUGCCACAGCCGGAAUCCAACAGGAGCUGCAGACAAAACUCAUCGAUUUGUACAAGAAGCUACUUUCGUUCGAACUCAAGAGUAUAUGCUCUUACUACCGUCAUCGAGCACUUAUCUUUUUGGGCGAUCUCAUCAAGCUUGAUGAUUGGGAGGGAAGUCUCAAGGCUGUUCAAAACGCCGAGGCCUUCUUCAAUAAGCAUGUCCGCGUGUUCCAAAGCGCCGACCUAGGCCAAGACGUGAAGCAACUCGUUGCUCAUGCAAAAAAUGAACAGGAAUACCGAAAGACGGAUGACGACAAAAAAUGCCUGAGAGAUUUGUACAUCACAGAUCCACGAAUGGACAAGAGCAGAAUUGAAUCAACCAAAGGCGGCUUGAUUCAAGACUCAUACCGUUGGAUCCUUAACAAUUCAGAGUUCAAAACUUGGCUCCAUGACGACGACAAGCGGUUGCUUUGGCCAUUUCUCAUUUCUCAUAUCAGAGAAAAGUACGAUCCUAUCGGCAACGAACUAUUUGAAGGACCCAACGCGUGGUACAGUUUGGCAAACAUUUUCCGCAGCAUUCUACAAGAUGAGAGGUUGACCACGGCGUAUGUGAUCAUUGAUGGCCUCGAUGAAUGUACUACCGGUCUGGAUGAGCUACUUGCACUUAUUAAAGAAGCCUUGCCUUCCAGAAAUGUCAAGUGGAUCCUCUCCAGUCGGAACUGGGCAAACAUUCGGGAAAGCCUUGAAGAUGCCGGUGCUGAAGGUGUGAAUCUCAGUCUUGAGAUGAACGCCACCGUUGUGGCAGCUGCUGUGAAUACAUACAUUUCUUAUAAAGCAUCCAAGAUACCACUCUUAAAACAAGAUGCCGAGUUAACAGAGGAGGUAUGCAACUUGGUACGAGAAAAGGCCAAUGGAACUUUCCUUUGGGUGGCAAUCGUUUUCCAAGAACUGCAGCAUCUGAAUAUCCAUUACGAUGACCGCGAAUCUGUGUUGGAGCGGUUGAACGGACUACCAAAGGAUCUCACUGAGCUCUAUGAUAGAAUGUUGCAUCAAAUCGGACGUCUAGAAAAGAGAGAGUCUGAGUUAUGCGAGUCUAUCCUCGGGAUCACCGUACUGGCUUAUCAGCCCUUGCGUCUUCAAGAGCUGGCGACUCUAGCAAGCUUCAAAGGGAAUCUCACUCGACCAUCCACGCUUCAAAGCCUUAUACAUAACUGCGGGUCUUUCUUGACAGUCAAGGAUGAAAUUGUCUACUUUAUACAUCAAUCGUCUAAAGAGUACUUGACCAGCAACAGCGCAGCUCAAUCCACCCUAUUCCCAAAUGGCAUCAAGGAGAUUCAUCACAAAAUGGCUAUGCAUUCAAUCAAUGCUAUGGAACAGAAACUAUGCCGAAAUAUCUACAAAUUGAACGAUCAUGCAAUUAUUCUUGCUGAUAUUAAGACGCCUGAGCCCGAUCCAUUGAUCUCUCUGAGAUAUCCUUGUUCCCACUGGCUUCAACACAUCUGCGACUCAAUAUCCAACUCGGAAAAUACACAGAAUCAACUUAUGUUAAACGAUUCCAAGAUAUUAACAUUUCUGAAGAAACACAUCCUUCAUUGGCUCGAAGUCAUGAGCUUGAUGCGAAAUCCGCCAGGCGGCAUUCCAUACAUCAGCCGUUUUGGAGGCUUGCUUGAGAGAUACUCUUCCAACAGCGAACUUUCACAACUGGUUUACGACAUUCGUCGGUUUACACAGCACAACUCAUGGAUCAUCUAUAAUGCUCCGCUUCAAAUAUACCUCUCUGGGAUUCUAUUUAGCCCUAAGCUUAGUAUCGUGAGAACUCUUUUUGAAGAAGAGCUACUAUCUUGGAUUACAACUAAGCCGCUCGUUGGACGUCAUUGGAGCCUUCUUCUACAAACACUCGAGGUCAAGUCCUUGCUAAUCCCAGCGGCAAUCUCAAGCGACAAUAAGAUCGCAGUGUACGAUUAUGAUACUUUUGAGGUAAAGGUCUGGGAUAUUGCCUCAGGAACGCAAAUUCAGACACUCAAAUGUAAAGGAAUAAUCAGCCAGCUCAUCUUUUCUUGCGAUUCUAAUCGCAUUUUGGCAGCACAGAACGGCCCUAUUCUUUCAUGGGACGUAGAUUCCGGUGCUUUACAUCGUCAAGCAUGGUCUCCUGGUUACCAUGCAUCUCUCUCUAGGGACGGCAUGUUUUUGGCUUCACAUACAUCUGAUAGUACUAUUCAGAUUCAAAAUUCGGCUACAGGAGCACAGGUAUCUCUUGUGAACGACAAAUAUGAUUACCAGGGGGAAAAGAACAAACAAUUGGUGAAACUAUCGAAUAACGCCAAGUUUCUGGCAUUUGGCUGGGAUGAGAUAACCAUAUGGGACGUGGCUGCACACAAGGAGCAUAUGCGUCUCAACACAUUAGGAGGAGGUCACAGGCAAGUCUGUUUUUCAACUGACUCCGAACUCAUGGCAUGGGAGUCGGGCGCUGUUCAAAUAUGGGAUUUGGCUACGGAAAGGGAAAUUCAGAUCCUUCACAUCCUUCACAGAGAAGGCCAUUAUACCAGCGAGUCUCUCUCAUCACUCGAGUUCUCAACCGACUCUAAGCUCGUGGCUGGAGGGUGCUGGGGUAACAUUUGGAUUUGGAACGUGAAAACCGGCACCAUGCAGACACAUCUAGACACUAGAGGGCAGCAACCGUACGGCCUCGCCUGGUCUCCAAACUCCAAAAUUCUGGCAUCAACAAACUUUGAAAAUAUCACAAUAUGGGACAUGGCCACUUCUGCAGAGACGGAGGAUGUUCAAAGCACUAAUGAUGCAAAUGAUGACUACUUGAACCUCUCAAAGACCACAUUCUCACAUAAUCCCAAUAUCGUGGCUACAAUUUCACAAACAGGCCAUAUCAAAGUUUGGGAUAUAUCUACCGAUAGAGAUGUAUCGGAAUUCAUGAAAAAGGAUCUUGUUAACAAAGCAAACUUUCCGCCAGACCCCAAUCCUUCAGAUGCAGACAACGGAGAGCAAAAUGUCGAAUCAGGGGACAUACCUUCGGGGCUGCAAGGGGCUGGAUUUUGGGAUUUUUCGGGGUAUAAGCCAUGCAAGCAAAUCGCAUUUUCGAAUAAUGGCGGAUAUUUCGCUGCAAUUACGGACGACAUUACGAUAUGGAAGACGUCAACAGGGGAAGUGAUCUUCCAGUCUACAGUCUUUAACCGGGGUAUCGCUGAUAUGGCAUUCUCCAAUAAUGCACAGUACUUCAGCCUUUUAUUAACAGACCGGAAACUGGUAGUGUGGGAUAUCACCACCGGUGAUAACGUCAUGUAUGUCAAGGAUCAUAUAUGCGAAAACGAUGAUGGCGAAGAAUGGUGCAAAUGCGACAUCUCUGAACGCCCUUACCCAGGCGGUGAUUCAUCAGUCAUCGCCAUAUCCAACAAUGGCAGGCAAGCGCUUGUUAGGAGUCCUUUCGGGGGUGAGAUCUGGAUAUCCACCAUGGGAGAGAAAAGGACUAGACUCAUUCUCGGAAGCAUCACGGCUUCAACUUUUGGAUCUAGGGAAUCGUAUAUUGGAACGGCGCGUGGUUUCCUCAACAUUAAGGGCCUUCUGACUGGAGAUGAGACACCGGACAGUUACAAAACCAUAACCGAAGACCAACUUCGUUUUGAAGGAUAUGGUUUGAGCGCCGAUAGGAGCUGGAUUACCUGGAAUGAGAAGAAAAUUUUAUGGCUACCAGUCACUUAUCGUCCACUUUCUUUGGCGCACGAUUUCAUCAACAUGUCCCCUCUUGGCAUCUCCAUUUCUGCCGGUGCGAGUACCGAUAUGGAUAUCAGAUUUUCCGGGCCACCUCCAGUAUAG